AUGGCCGAUUACGCCCCUCCCACCGGUCCUCCUCCUCCCAAAGUCCCUGCCGGUUGGAAGGCUGUCUUCAAUUCCGAGUACAAGGAGUGGUUCUACGUCAACACCUACACCAAGACGUCGCAAUGGGACAAGCCCACCGAGCCCGUCUACCCUCCUGGUGAGGCCCCUCCGAGCGGCGCACCGCCCGGCUACGAUCACUCGGCCAGCAAACCGGCGGGUCCCGAGAAGAGCAACGCCGGAGUCAGUGGCGGCGGCGACGAAGCCCUGGCUCGCAAGUUACAGGCCGAGGAGGAGGCCAAAGCCGGAGCGGCCGCCACCACCAGCACCCGUGGCGCAUCCGACAGCUACUACCAAGGCGGCGGCGGCGCUCAAAACCAAUCCUUUGGACAGCAGACCAACCCUGGCAGCUCGGGGCAAAACAACACUUCGACCUACGGUCAAAACCAAUCCAGCUCCACCUCGCAGUCUGGCGAUCAGAAACGAGGCUUCUUCAGCAAGCUGACGGACAAGCUGGGCGGAGCCGGUCAGCCCUCCCGCCCACCGCAGCAGCAAUAUGGAGGAGGUUACCCUUCUCAGGGAUACCCUCCGCAACAGCAACACUACGGCCAGUCGUAUGGACAGCAGCAUAGCUACCCGCCGCAACAGGGCUACGGCGGCUACCCGCCUCAGCAAGGUUAUCCACCACAGCAAGGCUACUACCCUCCUCAGGGUGGCUAUCAACAGCAGCCUCAUGGGCGCCAAGGCGGCGGCGGUAUGGGCGCUGGCGGCAUGAUGCUCGGAGCCGGUGCCGGUCUUGUUGGUGGCGCAUUGUUGAUGAAUGCCAUCGAUGAUCACCAAGAAGAAGCAUAUGAAGAGGGCUACGACGCCGGCCAAGACGAUGGCGGCGACUUCGGCGGAGAUGAAUAA